GCUAAGCGUGACCUGGCAUGGUGGCAAGUCUCGAGUGAGGCACAGAGCGAGAGAGAGAGAAGGAAGGAAAGCAAGGGUUACAAACAUUACAGCUGAUGGCAAAUAAAUAACCCACUUUCAUCGAGCGUUCGGUCGACACAAUUCAAGUGGCUGCGCAGUUCGUUGUCGUAACGAUGAUUGUUGACAGCUGUGCACGUGGGGAGAGUUGUCCGGAAGAAUCCACGCACUUUCUCGGGAUGAACAGACGACAGGAUGGAAGAUACGGGACAGAGGAGUCGGGGAGAGUUCCACAGGAGAAGACAAUGCCGUGCUGUAUGAUGCUGAUGAGGAAGAAGGUGCACUACUUCCCCGUCGUCACAGCCGCCUUCAUCAUCUCAUCAUUCUUCAUUUCAUACGGAAUUUCAUUAAGUCAAGGAAAUGUUGAGCCGGACUUCCCAUACAUAAGUUUGUCUUGCAGCUACACCGCUAUCAAGGCUCCAGAAAGAUGUUUCUUUGCCCAGUUUGUCAACAUGGGUGCCUUUAUGUUGGCAGCCAAUGUAAUGAUUAGAUAUCUACAAAUAAAAGAGAUCUACAAGGUGACGAGUGUGUCCAACAAGGAGGCUCGGAUCAACAUGGCCAGUCUGGUCGUCGGGUGUCUGUCCGCGCUCGGGCUCAGCAUGGUGGCCAACUUCCAGACGGUUGAAAUGCGGCCCGGACACUACACCGGGGCAGGGUUCGCGUUCGGCUUCGGGAUGGCCUACUGCUGGAUAGCGACGUCCAUCUCGUGGAAGCUGCGAGUCCGAUUAAAGAACCGCUGUGUGGCCGUGUCGCAGUUGGUCAAUAGUCUGCUGCUGACCGUCUUCCUCGUCACCUUUGGUAUAUCAAAAUCUAUAUAUAAGUAUAACGAAAUUAACGGUUUUGGAACGAAACACGACAGACUGCGCGUGGUUUACCUUAUCUCCACAUCUACAGAAUGGCUGACCGCCAUCUCUAUAGUAACGUUUGUGUUGACCUUCAUACCGGACUUCAAAAAGAUCCGAAUGUACGGACCCAGUGUCAAACUACAGGAACCAGUCAAUAAUAGUUGUGUGAUUUUUGCGCCUAUAAAUGGAACUGCGACAGAUGAUAUACCUGUCGUGACGGUCACUAAACCAAAUGGAACACUUCAUGCAUAAACAUCAACAUAUACUGUGUUCAUGGAAGUAUAUCCUCUAUGCAUUGAAGUCUCUUUGACAUGCGAUGAAGUCUGUUUAGUGUACAUUGAAGUCCUCAGUGAUGGUGAUUGUAAUGAAGAAAUGUGUACAGAAGUUCGAGCUGAAUCUGCAAUGGCAAUUUAUUCCAGUUGGUUUGUUUUUCAAUGGAAUAGUGUUGGUGUGUGUUGAGAAAGGUUUUCCAGAAUCAAAGGGCAUGCUUCUAUGGAUAAUUGUGAUUCUUGGGUCGCUGAAAUGGCAUGUUUACUUGCCUCUAAAAUUGAUGGCCAUGACAUCUUUUUUGACAUUUGGUUUACAUCUGAAUGGCAUAUUUAUUGGUUUAAAUUUGGAGGCCAAGGAUACCCCUUGAACCAUCAUUAGAUCUGAAAAUAUUUGUAAAUUUGUGUUCUUGUUAAUAUGCAGUAUUUUGUGAUGACAUUUACUUUUAUUUUGUGAUGCUAGUCGGUUAUUUCAGUCAUAGUGGAUUCCUAAUUUUGGAAUAAUAUAGAUCUGUUGUGAUACAGUGGAUUGCUUUGUAAACAGCUGAGACCAACAUCUCAUGGUGCUAUAUUCUGACAAAUCUAACGUGCCUAGAAAGCGAUUCAGUCAUCUGUGCAUAAUGGACAACAUUUUACUUCAUAAGAGACUGAUUUAAUCUCAGGCUUCACUUGGCUAUGUUUCAUGUAUUGCGACGUCCUGUGUUAACGUGUAGUUUAAAAUACCCAAAGCAGUCAAAUUAAGCGAGUAAAAGUAAACGUUUCCCAGCCCAAGUAUUCCUUAGAGACCGAUACGAAAUUAUCUACAUUAUGAAAAAGACAGUUGUAUGUGUUGAUUCAUAAAACCCCAAUAAAUGGCUUUAGCAGACGUGUAUGCGGGGAAUUUAACAUAGGGAGUCGAAACAUGCUCCCCUGAAAAUGUACUGAAAAAGAAGAGAACACAUAUGAUGACAUGACGAACAUUAUUAGGUGAUUUUUCUAUAGGAGGACUUUCAUCCUCACAAUGAUACAUCAUCCUUAUUCUGUAUUUAAGAAUAAUACCUUCAAGCAAAAAUCUAUUAUAGUGUCUAUUUAAUCUGACAGUCUAUUUAAUCUGACAGUCUACUGAAAUGGUUGACAGUUAUAUGAUAUCUGUCAUCACCUGCUGGAAGUGGACCACAGGCAUCAAUGCCGAAGGGUCUUGGAAAUAUAUAUUAUAACCGUGGCAUGUUCUGUAAGUCGCUAAAUAUUUGGAGCAGUUUUUCUUCUUUACCAGUCUCAUGUUGCGAUAUAAUUGACGAUAUUACAGUACACCACUUCUCAGAAGUAGCUGAACCUGUUUUUAUUAUACACUUUUUAUAUACCGAUGUGUCCAUUAUAUGAACCUCUGUGUAAUAUUGUUGUGACUUGGUUAUCAAAACAUGAUGUCAGAAAUUACCGUUUGUACCCAUUUGUGUAUUUUCACUCGUUGAGGAUUGUAGUAUAUGUCUUUUUUUGUCUCGAUUCCGUUUUUUGGGGUAAAUAAAACUUUCAUUUAUGUGUAGUUUCCCAGUUUUAAGUAUUACCUAUCAAAGGUUCUUUUCUUUAACGACACCACUAGAGCACAUUGAUUAAUUAAUCGUCGGCUAUUGGAUGUCAAACAUUUGGUAAUUAUGACACGUAGUCAUCAGAGGAAACCCGCUGUCCCCUAUCAAUGCAAUUAAAGUCUUAUGACUUUGUUAAACUAUUUACUCUGCCCCAGUACUCCACGUAUUUUAUUGUUCGUGUAAAAACGUGCUUUAAUAGUCUGCGAAUUUUUCUGUUGAUGGUAAAAAGUACACGACUAUUCUAUGGUUUGUUUUUACCUAUUCAAUACAUCAGACAUCUCUUCAAACCUUUCAAUUGAGAAAUGACGAACGUGCUGGAAGUUGAAACAAUCCUUGCGCGCCUAACCUUUAACUCUAAUUGUUUACACUGACAAACGUUUAAGAUGUUUACGUAAUUCAAGACAUAUCCAAAACCUCGACUGACAUCAGAACCAAAUACCUAAUUCGUUAACUUAGCCUACCAUAUAAUCUAUACAUGUUUCCUUCAGCCAUUUAGCACUUUAAAUACAGUCCUAGAAUUAAUUUGGCUCAUCUAAGUGCAGCUGUUGUUUAUGUAUGUAUUAAACAUCUGUUCAUUGUAUGACCAUUUCAUUUAUGGCACUAAUGUUUGUCAGUAUAACUGGAUGUAGUUUUCUAUGUGAAUAGGACGUAUAGCUGUGAUGGAGUUAAUAUGUAUAGAUUCAUGUUUUGUAUAAUAUGCAUUCUCAAUAGGAACCUGUGGCAGAAACAAAAUGUAGUUUACAGACUCUAUAUUGUGAAUGUGAAGACUUUUCUAGAACAGAGUUUCUCAAUCGAUUUGCACGAACGAAGCCAGAUGAAUGUGAUGUACAUAACUAGUCAGGCUUUAGUUCCUAUAAACGCGUCAGGAUGUUUUAAAGUCGCAGAACCUAGUUUUAGGCAGUGUAAAAUAUUUUCGGCCAAUAUAUCUUUUUUUACUGUUAACAUGCAUACUGCUUAUAGUCUUAUAUAAUUUUUAAAAUAAAAAUUAAUUGUAAUUUUGACAAAUUCAGUGUCUUUCUGGACGUAGCUCUAAAACUAGGGUAUUCAGCUUUAAUAAUGAAAUAGUUAAAUUUAUUUUAAAUUAACUCAUUGAUUAAUGAUUUCUUUCGUCGACGAAGAAAAUGCUAAUUUAUGCUGGUAAAAUGUGCGUCGCAAGCCACAAGUAAAUUUAAAACCAUGACUGUUUUUUAUUACAUACCAUAUUUAAUUUCGUUUCCUACGAUCGGCAUCGUUACAUUUCUGAACCGUGAAGCACGGAAUCACAUUAAACAAAGCAAUCCCAUAUUCCGCGACAGCGAACAGCGCUAAUGUUCGCUAACUGUUUGACUGGUCCCCGAUGUGGUCAUUUGGUUUAACGUGCAGCUCAUAAACCAGUCUACGCGAACGUUUAUUCCUUUAGUUUGGCUGAACUCGACCUACGUAAACGUUCACAUUAACCCGACUGACUAUAUUGGGGGACCAGUCAAGAAGUUCGCGAAAGUUCGCGUUACUCGCUGUCGCUGAACGCUUGGUUUGUUUCUGUUGAUCUGAACAGUUAGAUCUCUGCACAUCGCAAAGACAGGAAAUGUUUCAUUAUAUCAGUAUGACUACAAGCCUUUUUUUUCAUAAUUUCUAAUACUGGUAUAUAUAUUUUUUUUUUUUUUUUUUUUUUAGAUACUAAAAUAACAUCUAUCCACCAAAGAUUUUGGAAGGAGUUAUUUUCAUGUAUCUCUUUUAUGUAAUUUAUAUGCAUGUUUACAUAUUUGUAUAUAUUGUUUUAUACUUGACAUGUGAAAUCUUCGUGUUCACGAAAUAUGCAGUUAUUUUACGACUGUAUAUAUUGGUAUAAGUAAAACGUUGAAAUACA